AUGACCCAGUUAUUGACGCAAUCGUCUACAAGUAAUAAUGCAUCUCAUAUUGGAGAAUUCGUCCGACUAGCAUUCAAUUCCAGUAUCUUGGUGAUAAUACUAAGUGUGGUGAUCAAAUUUAUACUACUCAUAAAGCAAGAUGUGGAUCAGAAAGUUCAACUAAAAAUUGCAGAACAGGUUAUCAGAGUGAAAAGGUGUCAAAAACACUACGAGGAUAAUGGGUGCGUUUCGCACGUACCUGCAUUAGAAACACUAUGUGAUGGUUGGCAUCACUGCAUGCAUUCUACAGGUCAAGUUCAAUCGGCGUCGUUGUGGACGCAAACUUUAGCAGAAACUUUAAACGCUUUUGUAGAAGCAAUUUCUUUUAGAUCAUUGGUAUUCGUCCUACUGGCUGUAUGUGCCCUGGUGCUGGUCACCAAUGUGGUAAUAGCAUCCUACAGAGUCCAAUACUACAUCCGUGGCGACCGUAUGUCCACUUAUCAACCAAGCAACAAUGCCCGUAUUGAGUGA